AAAGCCAAUAUAUGCGUAUAUGAGCUCUCGACACAGUUGCGUUUUUGCGCAGUGAUACAUUCGCUUGUCAUUCACGCGCCAAUUGCGAUUCGAUUUGCAAUUGCGUGAUCGCCGUUGUGUCCUUGGGAGUCGGUGCGUCCCUCACUGUCGAAGAUGUCUUUGAACAAUAGAACACAGUAUACAUAUGUCCAACAUCCAGCAAAUAGGGUAGAAGUUAGAAAUAUGGAACCUACUUCUUGGAAUGAUGCUAGUAAAGUGGCUGGAGAAGAAGUAGUGACUAUUCAUAAGAAGUUGCAGCAGGAAACUGAGAAUAUUAUUCGAUGGAAAGCUUCCUCUGAGGUUAAUACUAAGCAGCUGGAACUGCAGCUGGAAGAGUCUCAAGGAAUUGUUAAUGACUUAAGAAGGAACAUAAUGGAACUUCAAUUGGCAAAUGAAAAUUUGUCACAGUCUCUUAUAAGAGAACAAGAAGAACGAGUACUUAUAAAUACUAAAGUGAUGCACACACGCGAACUGGUUUCUUCUCUGCAGCAACAAUGCCAAGAGUUAGAAGGUACUGUAAAUGUCUUCCACCAGGAGAAGCAGUAUCAUUGUGCUGUGCAGAAUGAAACCAUUGAAAGGAUGAAUAUCUUAACAGGAAAUUUCAAGGAGCUUUCUCUUCUUAGUGAAGAAAAGAUAAAGGUCAUAGCUGAUAAAGCGAAUGAGACGAUAGGGAGCUUGCAGAAUAAAAUAUGUGAUCUGGAGCAUAACCUGGAAGCCAAAGUGAAUGAUUGUAAUCUUCUUACAAAAGCUGUAGAAGAAUAUAAAAAGGAAAUUACUGAUGUAACCUACAAACUUAAGUUGGCAAAUACACUAACAAGUGAAACAGAGGAGAAGGUUUUUCAACUGCAGCUUGACCUAAAUGAGGUUCAGAGUACUUUGGCAAGUAAGUUGAUUGUCCUUCAAAAUCAAAUGUCAGAAAACUUACAAACAAAGAAGGAACUCCAGGAAGAACAGCUCAAAUUGAAAGAAAGCAAAAGUGAAUUUAAUGAGGCUGUAGAGAAAAUAAAAUUUCUAAAAAGUGCAAACAAUGCCCUUGAAGGGGCUCAAAGUGAGCUGACUGAGAAGCUUGAAGCAGUUACCUCCCUUAAGUUUGAGAUUGAAAAGGAUGUUGAGCUGAAGAAUCAAGUUCUUGAAAACUUGCAAGCAGAGAAAACCCAAUUGCGGGAGGAAAUGGAUGAGUUGAACCUCUCUCUUGAGAGGUUAACCUUGCAGUUGCAUACAAUGGAUGAACAUUGUAAAAUGCUUGAUAAAGAAAAGGAAGAAUUCAUGGAGAAACAAGUAUGCCUUAAUUUGCAGCUAGCCAGGGAACAAGGAAGAACCAAGGAAUUGCAAGAAAAGCUUUCAUCAGUUACAGAAAACUUGGAAAGUAUGGAAAGUUUAGUUGAGAAGUUAAAGAAUGACCAAGAAAUUCAUGUGCAGUUGAAUAUUAAACUACAACAAGAUCUUCAGGAGAGGGAAAUAGAAGUUAAGGAAAAGAAUGAUGAAAUUGAGAACUUAGCCCAAAAGAUGAAAACUGCUCAAGAAACUGAAGUCCAUUUGAAUGAAAACCUUUCAGUUUUGAAAAAUGAGAUAGCCAUGAUGAGGGAGAAUAUGAAUCACCAGUUGGAAAUCAGUGAAAAAGAGAAGGAGGAAAUAUUAGAAAAGUCUGCUGAUAAAGAAUCAUCGUUAAAGAACAGGGAAGAACAACUUGAAAAACAAAUAGAAAGAGAAAGGAAAAGUUUGGCAGCUUUACAAACUAAGCAUGAAAAUGUGGUUGAGGAGCUGAAAUGUUUGAAAUCUCUUUCUAAGGAUCAAAAGGAUGAUCUGAAAGCAAAGAAUAAGAAAAUACAACAAGAAGAAAAGAAAAUAGAAAAGCUUGAAAAAUCUAUGACAGAUGCAAAAGUGAAUAUUGAUAGAUUACAAGAAAAAAAUAAAGAGUUGGAAGAGGAGUGCCUGAGUUUAACAAAGAAGAUAGAUUAUUUUGAAGAAAUUCAAGGUAAAAAUCAUGACACUUUCAAUGCAGAAAUUAAAGCUUUAGAGGAAGAAUUACAAAAAGAAAAAUGCAGUAGAGAGAAUCUUGAAGAGGAAUUGAAGAGCAAGAAACUGGAAUUUGUAUCGUUUCAUAAUAAUACUAAUGAAAAGAUGCAAAAAAUUAAUGAAGAUAUGCAGAAAUUGUUAAGAUGCCAUCAGGAUCAGAUUGAUACACUCGAGCAAGAGAAAGAAAAAUUAGAAAAAGAGAAACAAGAAAUGGAACAGCAAACUUCACUGAAGCUUAAUCUUGUAGAAGCUGAAACAGAUGAAAAGAUAAAGCAAAUGGCUGAUUUGCUUGCAAGAUACAAGUCAGAGUAUGAAGUAAAGUUGGCAGCAGCAGAAUUGCAGAUGCAGCAUAUGCAACUAGCAUAUGAAGGGAAACAAUCCACUAAGGUAAUGUAUUGAAUACAUGAGCUUUUUUAUUUUUAUAUCU